UGUUCAGGACAGUGUUUGCACAAGGCAGUUUUGUGCAAAGUUAUGUCUAUAAGUAUAUGUAAUCAGUUCAAUGGAAAGGAGGAGGCGAGAACCGACUUGACAAUAUAAUAGAAAUAAUAGUUUUAAUGACGCACGCACGCACGUACGCGCGCGCACACGCACACACACACGCACACACACACACGCACACGCACACACACACACACACGGACAUGUCCAUAAACGAUAUCCGCUGUCGGCCUUUAUUCCUCUCGGAGUCUUGAUUAGCCUGAUAAGGGACCGGGUGUGUAGAAUCACGACCAACUUCCUGGAUUUGUAUUUGAUUGAAAGAUCAGAUACCAAACUGUAUACAUAUGGAUCAACUCAAAUGAUUCCAAAAUCAGAAGUUACAUUUCCAGCUUUGACAGCAACAGCUUCCAGCAUCACCAUGUUCUCUCUUAAUGUUAUAUUACUUACAGUGCUACUUCUAAACUCCAGUGUGCUGAUAUCUGCUGACACUGCAGAGACAGCAAUUGCGUGUGAUGGGGAUGUCCAGCGUCUACAAUGCUAUGUUGGUGUGAUCCGUGUACAGUCUGCAACGUUUGGCCGCACAAGUAGCCAAAUUUGUAGCGUUGGUCAACCAGUGAGUCAAACAUCAAAUAUUAAGUGUUCCAUGGACAUUUCUAUCAUCUCGAAGCGGUGUAAUGGACUGAGAGAGUGUGAGAUAAACACUCAAGGACUCACUGCAGCAGAUCCUUGUUAUGGAACCUACAAGUACUACACUACAAACUACAUUUGCGUCCCAGCAAAAACCAGUGUCACUUGUAAUGGAGGAUACAGUUACUUGUAUUGUGAAUACGGUAGAAUUCAGAUAAAUACUGCAAACUAUGGACGUACUGACAAAAUCACCUGCUCUGAAGGACGUCCAUCUAGUCAGACCCAAAACACCAACUGCUAUUCUCCAAAUGCACUCUCUCCUGUUGCAAAAAGAUGCAAUGGGCAGAGAAGUUGUGAGGUGUUUGCGACACAUACAGUCUUUACAGAUCCCUGCUUUGGCACCUACAAGUACCUCACAGUUUCCUAUUUUUGCCUCCCACCUGCAAUCCGUUCAACUCUGAUCUGUGAACACCAAAAUCAGACUCUGAGAUGUGAGGAAGGGACUCGUAUUCACAUUGACAGCGCUAACUAUGGCCGAACUGACAGCAGCACGUGCUCUGCUGGACGACCUGCAACUCAGCUUGUCAAAACGGACUGCUAUGCUGAAAAUUCACUGGCAAUAGUUGCUAAGGAAUGUGAAGACAAAGAUAGCUGCUCCAUACAGGCCUCCAAUGAAGUCUUUUUGGAUCCAUGUAAUGGCACAUUCAAGUACCUGUACAUCACAUACUCCUGUGCGGCUGUCUAAUACAGCAGCUGAUUUCGGAGAUCAGGCUGUGAUUUUGUGGAUUUUAGUCUCUCCAAUUCUCCAUCAACCUCUCCAUUUCCUCUGUGCUCAUUGAUUGGUAAACAUGAGAUUAAAGUGAAUUAGCCAAAUCUAAAUCUGUGUUAAUGUCUUUGGACAUAAAAAAGCUUAUGGCUUAUAAAAUGUAUCGCUUUUUUUUUUCAUUGCAAUAAAUUCUUUG